CCUUCUUUUAUUUUGUCUCAAAUAUUUUUUUUUGUGUGCUUAGUCAGUAUUUCUCUUUCUCCCUCCCUUCCUUCCUUCCCGCAAUGAACUUCUUCAACCCUAACCCUAAUUACUCCCCUCCUCCGCCGUCCUUCCCGCAAUUCGCGGAUCCCGCCGCCGUGCCGGAGUUCCACUUCUCCGACUACCUGUUACCGGAAGGAGGCGAUCACGACGAUUAUAAUAGCAAUUAUUACAUGGAUGAUUACUCGCCUGAUCCCCACCACACCUUCGCCGACACUACUACUGCUGCUACGGACUCUCCUGUCCAAAUUGGGUCCGGCGGCGAUGGCGGCGGCGGCUCUUGGAACUCUGUCGGGAACGAUGAUGGUGACUACCACGAGAGCAGAAGAAAUUAUGGUAAUGGAAAGCAGAAAAUAAUUAGCAAGGGAUCAGAAAGUAGAGUGGCAUUUAGGACCAAGUCGGAGCUGGAAGUGAUGGAUGAUGGCUUCAAGUGGAGGAAGUACGGCAAGAAAUCUGUCAAAAACACCCCUAAUCCCAGGCACUACUACAAGUGUUCAAGCGUGGGAUGCAACGUGAAGAAGAGAGUAGAGAAGGAUAGGGAAGACUCGAGGUACGUGAUCACAACGUACGAGGGAGUUCACAAUCACGAAUCCCCUUCUUCCAUCCAACGACAUGCGUAUUACAAUACUACUCAAACCAAACCCUACCCUUGUUCAUCCUCCUCUCCUAGUUCCACUUAAAACAACAUGCAGGUGAAAACCAUAGAUGUUUUCUUAGAGGAGAAAGUGUGGACUAUGUAUACUGAUGGAGUGACUGCUAGAAUGGACGGUUGCUCUCCUACUUUGUUGGGCUGAUAUUUUGUGUUAUAUAGUACAAUGAUGGUAGUCCAUGUAAAAGUUUGUCUGUACAUAUAUGUAAUGUAACGACAUGAUCAUUGUAUGCUAUAUAUGAUGCUACUUAGCUAUCUAUUUACGAAUAUGAAUAAAAAAUUUCACCUUGA